ACAUUACACGGUACAACAUUGUUUCGACGAGUAACCUCUCCAGCGUGGCACUAUUCGUAGGGGGGAAAUAGAUGAAUGCAGCGUUUUAAGCGGACGAAAUCUUAAAUUCGUCAAAACAUACGUACUGAAAACACUUAUGUGAACAACGAACGGAUUUACGACGUGAUAUCGGUUUCAAAGCGUGGGAUUUUUUCCUUUAUUCUCGACGGGCCCGAGGACAGUUUAAUAUCGAUAGAGAGACUCAACCGAAGGUCCGUCGUCCUGACAUGGACACAGGAAUUGUCCCCGAAAAGAAAAGAGUGAGUUCGGAGCGGAGAAAGGAGAAAUCACGGGAUGCGGCACGAUGUCGGCGGGGGAAGGAGUCGGAGGUGUUCUAUGAGCUGGCCCAGGAGCUGCCCCUGCCCCACAGCGUCACCUCCAACUUGGACAAGGCAUCCAUCAUGAGACUCACCAUCAGCUACCUGCGCAUGAGGAAGCUACUCAACACUGACAUGGAGGUGGAGGAGACGGAGCUAGACACCCAGCUUAAUGGCUCCUACCUGAAGGCUCUGGAGGGCUUCCUCAUGGUGUUGUCUGAGGAUGGAGAUAUGAUCUAUCUCUCUGAGAAUGUCAACAAGUGCUUGGGGCUGGCACAGUUUGACCUGACUGGACAUAGUGUGUUUGACUACACACACCCCUGUGACCAGGAGGAGUUGAGAGAGAUACUGAUCCAUAAAACAGGCCCCAAAAAGGCCAAGGAACCAAACACAGAGCGCAGUUUUUUCCUUCGAAUGAAAUGUACUCUGACCAGCAGGGGCCGCACUGUCAAUGUCAAAUCAGCUACAUGGAAGGUGCUCCACUGCUCCGGUCAUGUUCAUGUGUAUGAAAGCCCCACUGAGCAGAGCUCCUGUGGGUACAAAGAGCCACCCAUGCCCUACCUGGUGCUGAUCUGUGAUCCCAUUCCACACCCCUCCAACAUUGAGGUCCCUCUGGACACAAAAACCUUCCUCAGCCGCCACACGCUUGACAUGAAGUUCACCUAUUGUGAUGAAAGGAUUACUGAGCUGAUGGGUCAUGACCCAGAGGACCUAUUGAAUCGCUCUGUCUAUGAAUAUUAUCAUGCCCUGGAUUCAGACCAUCUUACAAAGACCCACCACAACUUAUUUGCAAAGGGGCAGGUCAGCACAGGCCAGUACCGCAUGUUGGCCAAAAGAGGAGGCUUUGUGUGGGUGGAGACCCAGGCUACAGUCAUUUACAACAACAAGAACUCACAGCCACAGUGUGUUGUCUGUGUCAACUUUGUGCUCAGUGGCAUUGAAGAAAAGGAGAAGAUCUUGUCUCUGGAGCAGACAGAGAACACAAAGCCCAAGAAAGAGGAGCAAGAGGGAGCAGUGGUAGAGAGCUGCCAGACAGACAUGGCUCCAGCCUUGCAGAAGCAGGAGAAGAGCCCAGAGCUGGAUGUGAUCAAGCUGUUUACUCAGACAGUAGAGACCCAACCCCUGGACAGCCUAUAUGACCGGCUUAAGGAAGAGCCUGAGGCCCUCACCCUGCUAGCUCCAGCUGCAGGAGAUACCAUCAUCUCCUUGGACUUCAGCUGCCCUGAUUCUGAGAUCCAUCUGCUAAAAGAUGUCCCCGUUUACAAUGAUGUGAUGCUGCCCUCCACCAGUGACAAACUGGCCAUACCCCUUUCCCCUCUUUCGCCCAGUGAGCCUCCCUGUACUACCAACAGCACAUCUGGAGAUGCAACACCUGAGCCUUAUGCUCCACUUCCUUCUAGCACACCAAGCAGCCAAAGUCUGGAAAACAGCUCCACAGGACCUGACAGCCAAAUAGGCUUCUGUUUUUCCAUGGACUCGGACAUGAGCGCAGAUUUUAAACUUGAUUUGAUGGGGAAGCUGUUUACUAUUGACACACAGCCCAAGUCCCCUUUCAUCACACAGGCUAUGGAAGACCUAGAUCUGGACAUGUUGGCUCCAUACAUCCCCAUGGACGAUGACUUCCAGCUACGCACUCUGUCCCCAGAAGAGCCCCUGUCAUGUAGCUCAGUCACAUCCAUGGAAAGCUCUCCUCUCCACGUCACACAAGAGGUCCACAGCUACCCCAACUCUCCCUUCAGCUCACCAGGCAGUCGCACUGCUUCUCCGGGUCCAACUCCUCCUGAGCCGGUAAAUGCCCCCCAUGAGACCACCAUGCUUUCUAAGAGAAACCCACAGUUGGAAAAAGAAGUCUCCCUAAGGACUUUGGCAGCCCAGAAUGCACAGCGCAAAAGAAAGCUGGGUGAUAUCAGAGAGGUUGUUGGACUGAGCACAUUGCUCCAAGAACCGCUUGAACAAGGGAAAAAGCUGAAGAUGUCUAAGACGGCCACACCUGAAACACUCUCAAAUGGGACCAAACUUCUCCUGCAAACUGAACUGGCGAGUCGUCUGCUGGGCAGCUACUUAGAAGGCAGCAGUUCCCCCUUCACCCUGCCACAGCUCACCCGCUAUGACUGCGAGGUCAAUGCCCCCUUGCAGGGUCGUCAGCACCUGCUGCAAGGGGAGGACCUGCUGUGUGCUCUGGACCAAGUCAACUGAGUCAAUGCUUAGCCUGCUCACUGCUGGACUAGACCGGACACUACAGUUCCUCCCUUGCUCACUCCUUUUCCAAGUACCCACCCCCCCAUCUCACCCCACUGUCCUUUAUUUAUGUUUCUGUAUCUGUUUGAUUAUAUACACAUUUUAGUUUGGCUGCCUUCUGCACACCACUUGAUCUCUGCAGCAUUCCACCAUUAUGAACACCAUUGCAGAUUUCAGUGCAAAGGAUUCAGGUGUUUAGAGAUGCCCAGUUGUUUGAUUGGUUCUUUUUUAAAUCCCCUUCCUCCUUUGCGGGGAGUCUCUCAGACAGCACACAGAGCGCCUCUACAGAUGAUCUUGUUCCAGCAGGUCACCAUAGAAUUUGGCGCUACUGCCAGCAGUGUAUUGUAAGCUUAAGUCGCACAAUUUAUAUUUUCAUAAAAAGAUGAAAUAUUACCAGCAAUAUAUAUCAAGCCUUUUUAAAGUAGUUUUAAUGGGAUUUCAACAAUUUUAUUUUUUCUUCCUUUACUCGUAUAAUGUAGUUCCCUUAACUAACGAUGUCUUUAGUCCAGAAGUAUAAAUUUAUUGUUUCAAACUAAAGUGGUUUGAAUGUUCUCUCCAUUUAAUGGUUACCAGUCUUUGAGAUAAUGCAUUUAAUCGUGUAGUGAUUCAGUAUCUGUCACUUUAUUACAUUACUGUAAGUGUGCUUUACUGUCUAUAGACCAGAGAAAUUUCAUGAAUCAGAUUAUGGCUUCACAGAUGACACCUUUUACUCUCAAACUGAAAUGAAGUAACUGGUUCACAUUUGUUUCUAAUCAAGGAAAUUUUGCAGUUCUGUUUGAUCAUGAUCAUAAUGAGUUCAUGUUUUGGUUUUCACAAUGUGCUACAUACAACUGUCUUGGAUAUGUGAUGUAUGAUCCAUAACGAUUCAGUUUUAUCAGUGCGAUCAUUAUCAUACAAUGUUAGUUGUCAAUCUUGCUCACUCAGUUAUCAGUCGUCAGUUUUAUACCCCUGGUUCAUACUGCAGUGUUGGGUCUCCUGCUUGUCACUGUCUAACAUUAAAUUGCUUUAUUAAAAUACA